UGUUUGUGUAUUUCCUCAGGGUAAUUAUAAGCGGAAGUAUAAGAACUCAACAGAAGAAGCGCGUCGCAAGAAGGUGUUCGAGUAUAAUCUCCAGAUCAUCAAAGAUCAUAGGAAGAAGAACGCAACCUUCGAGCUGGCGAUGAACGAGUUUGGUGACAUGACAAGUGAAGAGUUCGGAGCUGUGAUGAACGGGUUCCUGGGCGAGUCUCCGGCGGACGUCACAGUGCUCCUCACCGCCGCCACCACGGCCACCCCGCCAGCCACUAUGGACUGGCGCACCAAGGGCGCCGUCACUCCCGUCAAGAACCAGUUACAAUGUGGCUCAUGUUGGGCAUUUUCUGCCACCGGUGCCUUGGAGGGUCAACACUUCCGUAAGACUGGCAAACUGGUGAGUCUCUCGGAGCAGCAGCUGGUCGAAUGCUCCGGUGGCACUUAUAAAAACCUGGGGUGUCGCGGUGGACUAAUGACUAGUGCCUUCAACUACAUCAAGGCCACUGGAGCUGACAGUGGGGCCUCCUACCCCUACGUGGCAGUGCAAGGGACUUGCAAAUUCUCAGUCAAGAACAUCGCUGCCACAUUAACUGGCUACGUCUCAGUAACUUCUAAAAGCGAGAGCGCUCUGAAGACGGCUGCUGGGACCAUAGGCCCCAUCUCUGUGGCCAUCGAUGCAUCCCACAGUUCCUUCCAGUUCUACAAGAGUGGUGUGUACUAUGAGCCGGCGUGCUCGUCGACCAGCCUUAACCACGGUGUACUGGUAGUGGGUUAUGGCACUAGCCCCGCAGGAGACUACUGGAUCGUUAAGAACUCUUGGGGCCCCGGGUGGGGUGAGGCUGGGUACAUAAAGAUGGCUCGUAACAAGAACAACAACUGUGGUAUUGCCACUUUGGCUUCCUACCCAAUUGUGUAGUUACUGUAGAACCACUACUGAAGAACUGUAUAUUCCUAUGGCAUGAGGGACAAAACUUUAAAAUGAUCCUGCUUCUGAACUUUCAUUCUGUUUUGAAAUAAAGAAUUUGCAAUGUA